AUGGCUCUGACCUUGUGCCGGAAUUCUCGGGCCACCUUCCUGUCCAUGCUCCGGCCUGGUUGUGUCGGCUCCGAAGCCGGCGACUUCUCUAGGGCAUCCCACAUCCCGUGGCUAACGAGGACCUGCUUACUGGCUGCGGUCUCCAAUGGGGGUCCUGGUCUCUCAGCCCCCUACGUCUGGGCCACCACGUUAACUACCCCUAGCAGCCGCGCGGAGUCUCCGCCCUCUGGCACUUCAGAGCGCAGCCUGGAAGAGGCCAAGCUUCGUAUGGGAGAGGCCACUGCCCGCCAGGAAGACCAGGAGUCUGAACCGUUGGGGUCUUCAGCCAUGUUUUCUCUCUGGGAAAGACGACUCCAUCGUACCAAGUGUGCAACUCCCUACUUAUUCUCCUGUUUUAAUGGUGGUGAAUGUGUACACCAAACAUUCUGUGACUGUAGGCGCUUUAAUGCAUCAGGCUCCCGCUGCCAGACAGUGUAUAACACAGGCCCAGAGAGAGACAACAUUUGCCGUACUUGGGGACAGCACCAUGUUGAAACAUUUGACGGCCUCUAUUACUAUUUCUCUGGGAAAGCCAGCUACACCUUGGUGGGUCAGUAUGAGCCUGGUGAACAGAGCUUCUCCAUCCAGGUUCACAACUACCCAGAAUGCAGCUCUUUCCCCUACAGCUGCCCACGGUCUGUCAGCCUCUUCUUUGCAGGAGAAGAUGAGAUUCGCCUGAGCCGGAAUGUCACCCAUGGGGGUGCAGGGGUCCAGCUGCCUCACCUUACAGGAAACCUGCGACUCCAGCAGAUGGCUGGUUACAUCAUUGUGCGGCACCAGUCUGCUUUCACACUGGCUUGGGAUGGUGAGUCAGCUGUCUACAUCAAGAUGAGUCCCGAAUACCUAGGCAAGACUCAUGGGUUGUGUGGGAACAACAAUGCUGACCCCCAGGAUGACCUGAAGACCAGUUUUGGAAAACUGACAGAGGAUGUGGCAGAAUUUGUGAAUAGCUGGCAGGAAGACCCCCCGGACGAAACUCCUGGACCAAAUGUCUCAUUCCCAUCCCGCCCUCCGUGUUUUCAUCAGAGCCCAGCUGCCAUGCAGGGGGUGUAUGAGAUGUGUGAGGCAUUGACGAAGCCCCCAUUUGACUCCUGCCAUGGCUAUGUCAGCCCUUUGCCCUUCAUGGCCAGCUGCACUAGCGACCUUUGCCUAUCAACAUCUGAGGGUUCCACGUGGUGCCGGGCACUGACAGAAUAUGCCCGGGCGUGUGCCCAUGCUGGGCGCCCCUUGCAGGACUGGAGAGUCAAGUUCCCACUGUGUGCUGUGACCUGCAAGGAGGAUGCCUUCACCUACAAUGAAUGUAUUAACUGCUGUCCUGUAUCUUGCCAGCCCAGGGCCCCUUGCAUCGACAGUGAGAUUGCCUGUGUGGAUGGCUGCUACUGCCCAGAGGGUCUAAUCUUUGAAGAUGGAGGUUGCAUGGAACCUGCAGAGUGUCCCUGUGAAUUCCAUGGGAAUCUGUACCCAACAGGCUCUGUGGUGAAUGAUGAUUGCAACACAUGCACGUGCAGAGGGGGCAAAUGGAUGUGCAGUGCUUCGGCCUGCCCAGCGGAAUGCUCUGUGACCGGAGACAUCCAUUUCACAACUUUUGAUGGCCGCCGAUACACGUUUCCUGCCACGUGCCAGUACAUCUUAGCCAAGAGCCGCUCUUCAGGCACCUUUACAGUGACAAUACAGAAUGCCCCAUGUGGCUUGAAUCAGGAUGGAGCCUGCAUCCAGUCAGUGACUGUAAUUCUGAACCAGACACCUCGGAGACAGGUGACCUUGACUCAGGCAGGAGACGUCCUCAUGUCUGGGCAGUACAAGGUCACCCUGCCUUACACAGAUGAUGCCUUUGAGAUCCGGAAGCUGUCAUCUGUGUUUCUGCGUGUGCGGACUUCUGUUGGGGUGCGGGUGCUCUAUGACCGGGAGGGGCUACGUCUCUAUCUCCAGGUGGAUCAGCGAUGGAAGGAUGACACCGUGGGGCUCUGUGGGACCUUCAAUGGGAACAUGCAGGAUGACUUCUUGUCCCCUGUGGGUGUUCCAGAGAGCACUCCACAGCUCUUUGGCAAUUCCUGGAAAACACUAUCAACCUGUUCCCCAGGCAUCUUCAGUGCCCCUCUGGACCCCUGUGAUGUACACCUGCAGGCUGCAUCAUAUGCAGCAGAGGCAUGCAGUGUCCUCGUCAAGGAUCUAUUUGCACCCUGUGCCCUUUAUCUGAGUCCUGUCCCCUACUAUGAGCAGUGUAGAAGGGAUGCCUGCAGGUGUGGACACAUGUGCAUGUGCUCCACGCUGGCUCAUUACACUCACCUAUGUCGGCGCCAUGGAGUUACCAUUGACUUUCGUACCCAACUUCCAGACUGUGCUCUGUCCUGUGAGGCCACUAAGGAAUAUAGUCCUUGUGUGGCAACCUGUGGGCAGACCUGCCAGGCCUUGGCAAUGUCAGAAAGCUGUAGUGAUGAAGAGGACCACUGUGUAGAAGGCUGUGCCUGCCCCACUGAUACCUACCUGGACAGCAAGGCAGAGAGAUGUGUCCCCAGGAGCAAGUGCCCCUGCUAUUUCCAAGGAGUUGAUUAUCCUCCUGGAGAAAACAACAUUCCAUCUCUGGGCCAUUGUCACUGCAUAGAUGGAGUCAUGAGCUGUGACAGCAGAGCACCAGUCUCUGCCUGCCCUCUGGGUCAGGUCUUCGUGAACUGUACUGAUCCCCAUGCUGACCUAGCACUGAACAGAGAGAGGACGUGUGAGCACCAGCUGUUGAACCUGACUGUGCCUGCCCAUGGACCGUGUGUCUCAGGCUGUACUUGUCCCCAAGGGCUGGUGAAACAUGGGGAUGAGUGCUUUGUGCCAGAUGAGUGCCCGUGCUCCUGGAAGGGGAAGGAAUACUUCCCUGGAGACAUGGUCAAUUCUUCCUGUCACACCUGUGUGUGCCAACAUGGCUCCUUUCAAUGUACUUUCCACCCCUGCCCUGCCACCUGUACUGCUUAUGGUGAUCGACACUACCGAACAUUUGAUGGGCUCCCAUUUGACUUUGUGGGGACCUGUAAAGUGCACUUGGUGAAGAGUACAUCAAAUUUUAGUUUUUCUGUCAUUAUGGAAAACAUCAACUGCUACAACACUGGAAUCAUCUGCAGGAAAUUUAUUUCCAUCAACGUCGGGAACUCUUUCCUCGUGUUUGAUGAUGACACAGGCAUUCCUAGUCCCGUGAGUUUCCUAGAUGAAAAUCAGGAGAUACACAUGUGGCAAGUGGGAUUUUUCACACUGGUUCAUUUUCCUCAUGAGCACAUCACUCUCCUCUGGGACCAACGGACCAUGGUGCAUGUACAGAUGGGACCUCAGUGGCAGGGGAUGCUAGCUGGACUUUGUGGGAACUUUGACUUGAAAACAGUCAAUGAGAUGAGGACCCCAGAGAACUUGGAGUUAACAAAUCCACAGGAGUUUGGCAACAGUUGGGCUGCAAUGGAGUGCUCAGACAGCUCUGAUCCUCGGGACCCAUGUAGCUUGAACCCACUGAGGGAGCCAUUUGCUAAGAAGGAGUGUAGCAUUCUGCUGAGUGAAGUGUUUGAAAACUGCCACCCUGUGGUGGAUGUCACCUGGUUUUAUUCCAAUUGCUUGACAGACACAUGUGGCUGUAGUCGAGGGGGAGACUGUGAAUGCCUCUGUACAAGCUUAUCUGCCUAUGCCCACCAAUGCUGCCAGCAUGGAGUUGCCAUUGAUUGGCGCUCUCCUCGCCUCUGCCCUUAUGACUGUGACUAUUUUAACAAAGCUUUAGGCAAGGGACCCUAUCAACUGGUCAGCUAUGUGGCUGGUGGCACCAGAGUGACGGUGAGGCAGGCGAAUGGUGCCAUAGUCCUGGCACUCCAGGAGAAUGUGGCCCCUGAAGACACCAUCAACUUCUUGCUCACCCCUUCAGUGUACAAGCCCAAAGCCCGGGACUCUGACUUGGUGUCUUUCGAGUCUGCCGACAGACCCAAUUACUUCCUCCAUGUGUCUGCCAAUGGGUCUCUGUCCCUGGCCAAGUGGGAGCAGAGUGAAGGGUUCCAGAAGCGAGCCACGUUCAUCAUCCAUCGCAGCACUUGGCUCCCUGGCUAUGAUGCCCUGGAGUCCUUCGGGGAGCCUGGCGCCUUUGUCAGACUCUCAGGUCCAGCACCCCUCCUACAGAGGUACCAGCCCACGGAGGAGUUCCGGCUCGCCACUCUGCUAAAGCUUGUCGAUACCAGGUCACCAGGCACUGCCUACCCCUCCUGUGAGUGGCACUAUGAUGCCUGUGCCAGCCCUUGCUUCAGAACAUGCCGGGAUCCUCAAGGAGCCAGAUGCUGGGAGGUCCCCAGGGUUGAAGGCUGUGUCCCCGUUUGUCCCAUCCCCAUGGUCCUUGACGAAGUCACCCAGAAGUGUGUCUACUUGGAGGAUUGUACAUGGAUGCCAGUGCCCAGUGUUGGAACAGCCACCAUGAAAACUGCUCAAGCAACAGUGACCUUCACUGGGCGCCCACAUACCACAAUGUUCAUGUUGUCUCCCACAAUUCCCAGUUUUCAUCUAAUGACCAAAGCUGUGAGUGUUUCUACGUCAAGCCCCUCACCAAUAAGGACAACGCUGCUGCAAGCAGGUUCAAGGCCCUCCCUCAGUCUGGUGGUCUCUGAAAGACCCCCUUCCACAACUGUAACCACUGAGGUAUUGCCUGUGGGGCUCCCACCCUCUGCAGGGUUCCAGGAACCAUUGCUGAUAACCCUAUCAACAGGGGAAGGGAACAGGACAGAGCUCCCUGGAGUCCCCUUGGCUGAGGGUACAAGUUCCAGCAGCUCUUCUCCAUCUGUAGGCAAGACCUCUGCGGGCCAGGUCCAUAUCGGUACCUUUGUGACCACAAAAACAGAAGUGGUACAAGCCACAGGGCAAGCUGAGACGAGCCAUACCAUAGCUACAACCCUUUCAACUUCGCCAGUCAGGAGCCGGCUUUCCACCACCCUCAUCAUCCAUCCGCCUUUGGGCGCCGUUCUCUCGGUGACUGAAGCCACCAGUCCCAUGACCCUGCCCUCUGCGACUCUGGCCCUCUCUCCCCUCUCUACAGCAAGCACACACUCACCAGCAUCUACGCCCUCUCUGGUUUCUGAAUCAACUCUGUCCUCCCUGCUGUCGGAUACCAGCGUGCCUGUGGUCAAGGCAGGGACACCAUCGAGCACCCAGGAAAUUAGCCGUCUCUCAUCAACGUCAUCCCACCCUCCUUCAUGGACCCUUGUCUCCAGUCACCCUGCCCCCAAAGGAUCUGGGGUUUUCACUCUGUCCCCAGGGAAGGACACACAGUUGUCUGUGUCUGUAGCCACUUCCCUGUCCCCUGUGACCUUCCACCCUACACUUCCUCCAACCUCAGUGGGCUUGGCUCAAGUUCACACAACCAGGCAAGAUGUCCCUCUGACUAUGGUUACGGCCCCAGCUUUACUGGAGCUGACCACCCCUCCCCUGCAGUCAGAAGCCACCCCUUUGUCUUCAGCCCAUGAGGUGUUUGUGCAAGGGGCAUCAGGGGCACCGGGCAAGGGCACCACUGAAAAGGGAGCUGUCCUGUCCAAGCAAGUGCCCCUCCCCACCACUGUAUAUAGCACCUCCUCCCUGGCUGUCACUGAGCUGUCUACAGCACCUCGUUACCCAGUGACUCCAAGGACUAAGGCUAAGGGUGCUGGGGCCACAGCCAUGCCACGUUUGUCCACAUCCUUUCCCUUUGGCCCGCUAGCCACCAAUAUGACGCGAAUAUCUUCUUCAGCACAAACCACUGUGACCUCCUACUUCCCACCUUCUAUGGCCCAGACGAGUGCCUCUGGGAUGACCCUAGGGCUCCAGCUUCCAGUAGAGUCUGUCGAUGAGGACACAACAGGACAGCCUGGGCGGUCAGCCCCAGCUGCAGACGUCUCCGUGUUACCUACCUCAGUCUUGAUGUCGAUGAGAGAAUCUUCUACAUUCCCAGCAUGUGUUCCUGUCAUAGAAAGUGAGUGUGUCAGACAUAUCUGUGUAGAGGGAGAACUGAUCCGAGUUAACCAGACUCAGCAGUGCCCGUAUAGCGCUUCACCCCCUCCUUGUGGGGUUCUGGGCCUUUCUGUGCGUGCCAAUGGAGACCAAUGCUGCACCCGCUGGGAGUGUGCCUGUCGAUGUUCCAUAUUUCCUGACUUGAGCUUGGUGACCUUUGAUGGGAGCUACGUGGCCCUGUUUAAAGAAGCCUCCUACAUUGUCAGUCAGCGCCCAGAGGAGAUGGUGACUGUCCUUGUCCUUGACUGCAAAAGUGCAAACCUGGGUCAUUUGAACUGGCCUCCUUUCUGCCCAGUGAUGCUGAAUGUGACCAACCUAGCCCACCAAAUGACUAUCGAUCGACUCAACAGGACGGUAACUCUCAACUCAAGACCUAUCUGGCCACCAAUAAGCCAGCAUGGGUUUAAGAUUGAAGACACAGGGAACAUGUAUGUGAUCCGGACCCCCUCACAAAUCCAAAUCCAGUGGUUCCACAGCUCAGGGCUUAUGAUUGUGGAGUCCAGAAAAACUGAAGAAUCUGUGGGUAGGGGCCUGUGUGGUAUCUGUGAUGGUGAUGUGGCCAAUGAUCUCACCCUACCUGAUGGCACUGUGGUGGAGGAAAAUGAAGACCCCACUCCCUUUCUGGAUAGCUGGCAGUUGCCCAGCACCCUGACAUCGGUGGGCCAAUUCCGCUUUCGUGAGGACACCUGUGCUACUGCGGACUGCUCGCCCUGUAUCCGCAUGGUCUCCAACCGCACUUUUAGUAGCUGCCAUGCCUUUGUAACCCCAGAAUCAUUCUGUGAGCUAUGGAUCAGAGACACCAAAUACGUCCAGCAGCCCUGCGUGGCACUAACUGUCUAUGUGGCUAUGUGUCACAAAUUCAACGUGUGCAUUGAGUGGCGGCGCUCUGACUACUGCCCUUUUUUAUGUCCUGGAGAUUCUACAUAUCAGGCAUGUGUGGCAGUCUGUGACAUUCCCAAGACGUGCCAGGAUGGGUGGCGGGAACCCCCUGACCCGGAGUUCUGUUCAGUGCUUGGAGAAGGCUGUGUGUGCCCCGAGGGCACUGUCUUGCACAGACUCCAUUCUCCACUCUGCAUCCCUGAGGAGAAAUGUGCAUGUACAGACAGCGUGGGUGUGCCCCGAGCUGUGGGUGAGAUCUGGAACAGCUCACUCAGCGGCUGCUGCCAGGACCAAUGUGUGGCUCACAACACCAUCAUCCCUGUGGAUCUUGGCUGUCCUGAGACCCUGCCUGGUGGGUGCCAGCGCUUUGGGGAAGUGGCCCUGAUGAUACCUACGGAAGACCCCUGCUGCCUGAGCACAAUCUGUGUGUGUAACCAGACCCUGUGUGAGGGGAUGACCCCCACAUGCCCUCCUGGGGAUAGGCUGCUUAUGCACUACCAGGAGGAAUCCUGCUGCCCCAGCUAUAGUUGUGAAUGUGACCCAGAGCAGUGUGAGGCCCAGCCCGAUCCUCAGUGUCGCCAGGACCAGAUGCUGAUUGCCGGCCGGCUUGGAGACACUUGCUGCAUCUCCUAUUUCUGUGGCUGUGACACUUGUCCGGACCCCAUCCCCACGUGUCAGGAAGGAGAGGUGCUCACGGUGGACAGCAACACUGCAGAGCUCUGUUGCCCACUUUAUCAGUGUGAAUGCCAGCUCUUCCGCUGUCCCCAAUUACAGUGUGGCUUGGGCACGUCCCUGGUGGAAGUGUGGAGCCCUGAUAGAUGUUGCCCAUAUAGAUCAUGUGAAUGUGACUGUGACACAAUCCCUGUACCUAAGUGCCACCUGUGGGAACUACAGCAGCUUGAUACAGAGUUCAUGCAGAGUGCUGAGAACGUGUGCGAUUGUGUCAAGUACAUUUGUGUGAAGGCUCCGGUUUGCCUGAGUCAGGAACGUGGGGUCCUGCAGCCUGGCCAGAAGGUGGUGGAGCUCUCAGCUGAUGGUGUUUGCAAUACCUCCCACUGCACUGAUGUACUUGAUCCCCAUACCAACUUCUACCAGAUCAACACAACAUCUGUCCUCUGUGAUGUGCAGUGUGAGGCUAACCAGGAGUACCAGCCUCCCCAGGACUUGGCCACCUGUUGUGGUUCCUGUAAGAAUGUGUCCUGCCUCUUUAUGCUUCCCAAUGGCACUGAGGUCAUAUUUCUGCCUGGAGCAUCUUGGAUCUCUGACUGUGCUCGUCAUGAAUGCAGCAAUACAGCUCUGGGUGCAGUCCUGGUUGUGUCUCCUGUCACCUGCCCACCUCUCAAUGAGACUGAAUGUGGGAAGGUGGGGGGCUCUGUGGUACCUUCUGUGGAGGGCUGCUGCAAGACAUGUAAGGAGGAUGGGAGGUCCUGUAAGAAGGUGACUGUCCGAAUGACCAUCCGGAAGAGUGACUGCCGAAGCAACACGCCCGUGAACAUUGUGAGCUGUGAUGGGAAGUGCCCCUCUGCAAGCAUCUACAACUACAACAUCAACACGUAUGCUCGUUUCUGUAAGUGCUGCCGGGAGAUGGGGCUGCAGCGGCGCUCUGUGCAGCUCUUUUGUACAGGAAAUACCUCUUGGGUGCCUUACACCAUCCAGGAGCCCACAGACUGUGCCUGCCAGUGGUUCUGAGACCUUUCUUCCAAGGAAGAGCUGGCGACUGGCCCUUCCCCUCCCUCUUCCUCCAACUUCCUUGAUCCUUCAAGAGUCAGAGGGAUGUUUUCCUGACUCCUGCCCCUUCCUUGCACCCUUGUAGGGUGAGGGGCCCGUAUCCCCCAGACUCACAGGAAUCCCUGGUCAUGGAGAGCUUGGCAGCAAAUGUGCUCUAGGGGUCAGGAAAGCCAAUCUCAGACAGUGAGCAGAGUCAUCACAGAAAGCUUUUUCCCUCCCUGCCUCCUGCCAGAGAUAUCGUCUUGUACAGUUCGACUACAGAUUAGGGCAGAGGCAAGGGGGUGGAUUCCCACUCUUGGAGCAGCAGAAGACCUUCAGUUCACUCUUGUUAGAGAUAAACAUAAUAAAGAAGCUGGGAAAUGGGCCACCUCUGGCGCUUUGCUCUUUUAACUAGAGAGGGACAUGGAUGACAGGAUUCCUUUGGGGCACGAAGGCUUUAGUUUAUCCGUUAACAUCUUAGUUAUGAGAAUGAGUAGGUUUAGCGGUAUCAAAUGGCCCAGGGAGGUUGAAAAGUGGUAGGAGAGGAAGCUUCUGUCCUUGGAGGGGUCCUACAAGGACAGGAUACCUGCUGGCUGAGUUGAUUAAAUGGUCCAGAACUCCUUUCAUCUUGAGGAAAUCCUGCCUGAUUCUCAGCAAUGGGCAUUUUAUCAAGGGAAGAUUUCAAGACUAGUCAUGUAUGUUAUUUACCAGGUAGAACCCUUCCCUGAUGCAUUGUAGCCUGGUAGAAGCUGGUGGCCUUCUUCAUGGUUUAAUGGGGUAGCUUAAUGAGAGAAAGAAAUGAUUUGUUCUUUAGGGCACUCCAAUUAGACCAAAAUUGUCUAACUCAAAAGCAGCCCAUCACCCUCAGAGGCAAUUUUUCUCCCUCACAAUGCCUCAGAAUGUUCCCUCUGGGGGUUUUACUAACAAGCUACUCUUGAUCUUGGCCUUCAAAUGAACCUUCCAGCCUCACACUUUCAGGUGUGAGACUACAGAGAUGUUUUGAAGAGAAAUCCAGCACCAAGGGAGACGGGGUUCCCAGUCUCCUCCAUUUGUAGAAUCUCUAGCUCUGCAAGGCCUUAGAGCAUAUUUUCCUCAGUGAAACAGACUUCAAGAUAUAAUGUUGGAAGAUGACAACACUUCUAGCUUACUUGUUGCAUGAGCAUUUGGCCCAGAGUCCAUUGCUGAGCCUAAGGAUGCCUUACCUAGAAGUAGCCUGGCAAGCUUGAUGCUAGGCUAGAGGGGCUUGGGCUUUUGUUCCUCCUCCCGUGCCUACCCUAUGCUUCCAGCCCCUUGUCCAACCUGGGGAGGGCUAAACUGCUGGCAAGCCCAUAUGAAGAGGACCUGAAAGUUGCCCUUUCAAGUUUCCCUGGAGGUCUUUCCUAGAGCCCUGGAGAUGCCUACUAUUGAGGAAGGGGCCACUCCAGGUUAAAAGGAAGACAGGUAUUUUUGCCACUCCCAAAUGAUGAAAUCCGUGUCAUUCUUCUGUAUCCAAUAAAUGCCAAGA